UAUGCAAAGGUUAUCAUCACUAUUAAUUGGAUUUGGGUUAGGAAUAUUUGGAAUGAGCUUAUUAUAUGAUCCUUGGGCAUAAGUAAUAUACAAAAUCAAUUUAGGAACGAUUUGAAAGAACAGUAAGAGAAACAGCUAGAUUAGAAAACUCAAUUCUUAAUAAUGUAGAUGUUUAUUUAUAGAUGAGAAUGUUUCUUGGAUAUAUUUUAGUGGCUUGCUCUUUUGUAACUAUGAAUAGGUAUAUUUAAUAAUUAUAAAAGAAUUGGUUUACUCUAUGUGCUUUCAAUUCCAGCUUUAAUAGUUUAUGCUGCAAUUAAUUAUAAUCAUGUGAUAUAUAAAUCAGAAAGACUUGGAGGAGAAUAAGCAAUUUAAGGAGCCUUAUUUUAUAUUGCUUUUUGUUUUGCUUCAAUUGAUGGAUUAAUAAAGCCUAAGAAAAUACCAUAACCAAAAACAACAUAAAAAAAAGUAGAUAAGACAAAAAGCGAAUGA